CGUUCUGCAAUUCUUGGCAACAUCUAUUCAGCACAACUCUGGUGUGACUGAUUGCAUAAGGUCGAAUUUCACAGAAAGCUUCGCGGUGUGGAUUUGAAGGUGCACAAGCUAAAGUGAGCUUCUCUUGGCCGUGGAGAAUCUGGCAUCGACCCAAAUCGCUUUCGUCUUCAUCGCGUGCUUGAAAGGCGACGGUCCCAGGCCGACUUCUACUGUAAUUCAUGCCACCGAGACGGGACGAUGGUCAGAUGCGCAUAUCUGAGGCAUGUGUUAGCCCGGACUAGACGGCACAGUCGUCUCACAAUUGUCUGCAAGCCACCUCAGCAGCGUCCAAACGCGAUCUGAUUAUUCGCCGACUUCGUUUAUUCCCGCGUUAAAGGUCGAGCCAUUUCUGCAGCCCCAUGUCGCCAUUCGUUCUGGCCCUCGCUUGAUCGUCGAAGUCUACCCCGGUUAUUACAGCAGAGGUUUCUCGAUAUCCCCGACGCAUCGUCAGCAAAUAGUCUACAUGAGUUUGCAAGCCACCGUCAUACGCCGCUUCAAGAGCACGGCAGGCGUGGCAGGCGUGGACCAGCCGGACCCGGACAAUUCUCACGUGGUUCGCACGCCCACGAGCCACACCGCGGCAGCUCCACGACAGUGUCGAGGGCUUCUCCUUUCUCGUCGAUAACCCUCCCACAUCCCGACCGGACAACAAGCAACCAUCAGCAGCGAAAUCAGUCGAUACGAACUACACCCUUUCGCACACAGGCUCGCGCAGAGGAUGUGCACGUCACUGUGGAUUCUGACUACCCACAAACAGCCCUGCCUGUCCAGGUAGAGGCAGCGCAACCGCUCCGUGAGAUCACCUCUCACGUGCAGGCGGCCAGAGUCUUGCCGCGAUAUAUCAAGAGAGCCCACGCCCUACACGAAAGCAUUGUCGAAUCACAGCGCUCCACAAAUUGCAUUUGCAGGCCGAAUAUACUCCGAAUCUUGAUAUUAUUGUUGGCAGAUGCAGCAAGUCACACAAUGCUACUCCUUUCGGAGUCGGCGGCCGCUCUCGAGUCUGCGGGUACCCCAAGCCUUGGGAUGGCGGCGACCCCAAUCACCAUUACUUCGAGGGUACUCCCCCAAUGCCCAGAGCACUUGGAGAUGGACCCUACCUCUCGAGUUUCCAUUCCUCUUGUCUCCAACCUGAACCAAGGGGCAUCAUGUGGUUCCCGUUUGGAGAUGAUGGGAGAAUCCCUGCGGGCCUCCAACAUUACUCCGUACCUAGUGUAGAGCUGGAGAGCCAAACCCUUGUGCCCCUGUCUUCCCCAGACUUUCACAGAAUGUGGAAAAGUUUCGGACCCCCUACUUACCCGCCUUCAUCUCCGAACAGGGUAACGAUGGUCGACCGUGCAGCCGUGCGGCACCGAGCCUCGAAUGGUCUCGCGGGAAUGAUUUCUCCAAAUGGUGACACCCACAAUAAAAGGAAGAUUACUCCAAUGCGAGGGUCCAUCUGAGAAGGUAGGUAUAGUCACAGUAUUAAUGAUUGGGGGUUGUUUAUCCUCGAUCGCAGAGGUUGGGAUUCUAGUCACCAUUGGUUUUUUUCUACGCGAACUCGAAUUGGAUCGAGCGUCGCCUGAACUGCAACCCUCCACAGUUCUUCGACGCUCAUCCUGGGACGGACAUCAGGCAGCCGAGCAGGCUGGCAGGCAGGUAGGAGCUCUGGUCUCGUCUUGCCAUGCCUCUAGCUACCACGGUAUAAGCUUCCUGUUCAGAGCGCAGCGACGGCUGGCUGCGUCGAGUAACUCGAGGAGCUUGCCUCUUACGGACGGAUGGGUCGUUCCCCAAUUUCGCCACCCUUGCAGGGAAGAAGCUUUUGGGAACAAGAACUCUCUGGCGCUGCGGCUUCGUUUGUCAGUGAUUACACAGGACGUCAUUUUCAGAGUUGCUUCAGGGCCAUUGGCCACCAGCUUGGGAUGGGGGUGGACAGUCUUCCACCCUUCCAGGCGGUAUUGUUUGACUACCGCUGGAGCAAACAGUCAAGGUGUGGUAUGUCUAUGUGUGUGGGGGCACGACCUACCGCACAGCGGUAGCGUGUUACUCGGUACGGGGUCAAGGGGGCCCUUGGCUAUAGCGGUCUCUACCCCGGAAAAAGGGGUGCUUAGGGCUCCCCAUGCUAGCUUGUCCAGGAUGCGGGAUGUGGGGAUCGGUGCUAAA